CACUAAUAAACACCAUUUUUUAAAUGUGCAAAAGCUACAAAAGCAAACUUGGACUCACAGUCCAAUACCAUCUAUCUACUUACGCAGACAUGCAAGCACAAAAAUGUUCAUCAGAAGUGUACUGUCAGCGAAGAAAUCAAACACUCACAAAUCCAUAUCCAAUUCCAUUCCUAUUGCUUUCCUCUUCACAGACACUGUUCCUCAUCCAUCCAAAGAACAACCACAGCGAAACCCAAUACACGAAAUCAAUGACCCAGUUGAACAAGAACAACAAGUGAGCAUAGCCGACAGGUCGUACUGGACCAAAAAGAUUCACACCCUCUGCGCCAAAGACCGGAACGUCGACGAAGCACUCCGUCUUCUCGACCGCCUCUGCCUCCGCGGCUACAUUCCUGACUCUCUCAACCUCAGUAGCAUAAUCCACGCGCUUUGCGGCUCCAAUCGCUUCGUCGAAGCCCAUCGCCGAUUGCUCCUCUCUGUUUCUUCUCGUCACUGUGUCCCCGACGAGCGCACAUGCAAUGUGCUCAUCGCUCGACUGCUUGAUUCUCGAAACCCAGAUGCCACAUUGAAUGUUGUUCGCCGUUUGAUAUAUGUUAAGCAUGGAUUCGUACCCUCUUUGAUUAAUUACAACCGUCUGAUCGAUCAGCUUUGCUCGUUUUCGCGACCCGACGAAGCUCAUAGCUUGCUUUUUGAUAUGCAGUGUAGAGGGCAUUUUCCGAACACGGUUUCUUAUACUACUUUGAUUAAAGGGUAUUGUAAAAUUGGUGACGUGGGUUGUGCCCAGAAGGUGUUAGACGAAAUGGGUGAGAGAGGAGUAGUUCCAAAUUCUCUUACUUACAGUGUCUUGAUUCGUGGGGUUAUUAGAAAGCGGGACAUAGAACGUGGGAGGGAAUUGAUGUGCAAGCUUUGGGAGAUAAUGAAGUGCGAAGAUGACCUCUCUGUGAACAGCGCAGCUUUUACAAAUCUUAUUGAUUCUUUGUGUAUUGAAGGGUAUUUUCAUGAAGUGUUUAGGAUUGCAGAAGAUAUGCCUCAAGGACAGAGUGUCAAUGAGGAGUUUGCUUAUGGGCAGAUGAUAGAUUCUCUUUGUAAAGUUGGAAAAUAUCAUGGGUCUUCGAGGAUUGUUUAUAUAAUGAGGAAAAGAGGCUCAGUUCCAAGCAUAGUGUCAUAUGAUUCUAUCAUACAUGGGCUUAGCAAGGAGAGUGGUUGUAUGAGGGCUUAUCAGCUGUUGGAGGAAGGAGUUGAAUUUGGGUUCUUACCCUCCGAGUAUACUUACAAAGUUCUAGUGGAAGGUCUUUGCCAGGAAUCAGAUCUCCACAAGGCAAAGGAAGUUCUUCAAUUUAUGCUGGAAAAAAAAGGAGUUGACAGAACUAGAAUUUAUAACAUAUAUCUGAGAGCUCUUUGUCUUAUGAAUAAUGCAACUGAGCUUCUGAACGUACUUGUUUUUAUGCUCCAGACCCAGUGUCAACCUGAUGUGAUCACUCUUAAUACGGUUGUCAAUGGAUUUUGCAAGAUGGGGAGAAUUGAAGAAGCUUUGAAAGUACUAAAUGAUAUGAUGGUAGGAAAGUUUUGUGCCCCUGAUGCUGUGACCUUCACUACCAUCAUUUGUGGUCUAUUGCACGUGGGAAGAACCCAAGAUGCUCUUUAUUUUCUGCAUCACGUAAUGCUUGAAAAGGGUGUGACACCUGGUGUUGUGACAUAUAAUGCUGUCCUUAGGGGUUUGUUCAAACUUCAACAAUCAAAUGAAGCAAUGGAGAUUUUUAAUGACAUGGUAAGCAAUGGUGUUGCAUCUGACAGUACUACUUACGCUAUCAUAAUUGAUGGAUUAUGCAAGUGUAAUAAAAUAGAAGAGGCCAAGAGGUUUUGGGAUGAUGUCAUCUGGCCAUCAAAGAUUCAUGACAAUUUCGUUUAUGCAGCAGUUCUCAAAGGGCUCUGCUGUUGUGCCAGAUUAAAUGAAGCCCUUCAUUUCCUUUAUGAACUGGUAGAUUCAGGUGUUUCUCCAAAUAUUUUCAGCUAUAACAUUAUCAUUGACAGUGCUUGCAAAUUGGGUUUGAAGAAUGAAGCUUAUCAAGUUGUAAGAGAGAUGAAAAGGAAUGGAAUUGCCCCAGAUGCUGUAACUUGGAGGAUUCUUGACAAGUUACAUGGUAAAAGAAGUGCUGAGGAUUCAACUUUGCAAUCCAAAAGUGGGCCAGAGGAGAUAGAAAUGGAAGAAAAUGUGGAAGUGAAGCAAAUCUCACCCGAGUGCAAUAACAAAUAGGAGAUGUAAUGCCUGUUGGCUGAGAAUAUCGAUCCAUGGAUUGAUUUCAUCAUGAAGAGCAUCGUCUUUUAUGAGUAUCGGAUAAGGAGCUGAAAGUUGCCACAAGGCAAUGUACGGUGUGAUGCCCUCAAAGAUGGGAAAGGUGGCCAAGUGUUUUCUUGGAAGAAUCAUAACAGACUUUUGUUACAAAAAUUGGAGGAAAUUUUCAAUAUUCUUUUAAAAUAAGAUUAUUGAUGUGAAAGAUUCUAUUUAUGGAGCUUCUUUCUGUGUUGAUUAAUUCUGAAAACUGAGAUUUGAUUAAAGUGCGUUUGUAUAUAGAAAGAUGUAAAAGAUUAUAAUAAUGGGCUUCUUAAUUUGUUUGGUAUAUAUAUGAUAUUUUAUAUCUUUA